AUGACACAUAGAUUGGACUCAACCAUGGCUAUCUGGGGUAUACGGACGUUGGCAAGGGCGUUAAUUUUUCAGGACAAACGGAAAUGCCAUGGCUCCAGGGAAAGGCAUUCCUAUUGCAAACCUAGACCGUCGAACCUCUCCUAUCGCCUACCAGUCACCCAGCUAUCCCUAGGCAACUCAUCUCCUUCAAGCGGAUUGCAACCUGCUAAGCCAAAUUAG